AAAACCCGCAGCCUUCGAAGAUUCAAUCAAAAGGAAGUGAAAUAAAAAGGAUCCGAGAGCACUUGCGAAGUGGGCGGUAUUUGAUGCGGCUGUCGAGCAACUCAUUUCACAAUUCCCAAUCCCGAUUGCUCAGAGUGGCAGCGACGAACGAAACUGCAUCCGCGAUCCACCUGUAGCUUCUCCUGUUGUCAAUCUCUUCGAGCGAAACCAUAUCCGGAAUGCACUUGCAGCGACUCCCAUUUUCAAUACCCUGGUCCAUUCAAUAUCCCUGGAUCGCGACGCAAUGCCUUGUGAAAGACAUGACCAUUCCAGCACGCCCCAAAAUUAUGCCAAACACUUCCCCAUCUUUGUUUGUUCCACCUGCGGAUGCAUAGAGUUAUUCUAGCGUUCGCAGAGGCCCGGAUAGGAUAUGUGAGACGUCGUUCUUCGGAGACAGACAAUGGGACUGGGCUUGAUGGAGGCAAUUAAUAGUGGACUUCGCGCUUCCCAGGCGUAUUUGCCUCGAUCUACUUCGUCACAGCUGGAAAAUUCCAAGCUCCCAGUGGUUGAAAUGACCGGUAAUGGCCUCAUCAGCGCGCUGCUCCGUAGUCACGACCGCUCCGGUAGAGUCACGAUCUUUCAUGCGACCAGCGAAAAUGCGGCCAAUAUCAUUGCGACCCCCAUGCGUGACUCAGCUAUUGCUAGGUGCACAACGUUUACGGGGAGUGGCACUACGGACAGGGGCAACCAAUUGUUCAACACCACGCACAUUCUUUGAGUACAUUAUCUCAGGGUAUCAUCGAUUGUUCUUAGCUCAGUCGCCUUCCUCUUGAUUUCCUUUCUUGCUGUAUUUCUUCAUUGUCAUAGCAAAUUAAUCCACUCCUUUCGUAAUCUACCAUGACUAUUGUUCUUUACGGCGUGGUUCGAUCCAUCACCAAGCAAGUCUGGUGUAGUGCUGCAUAUAUAGGUAUGCCCUAGCUUCUAGCGCCCUUUAUCCGUGCCCAAAAAUUUCCAACCUCAAGU